AUGGGAUCAUAUCAAACUGUUAAUUCCGUAUCUUUAUCUAUACUUAUAAAUAUUAUUAUAAAAUGUAUUAUCGAAUCACUGGUUUGUUUCUGUACAAUUGUUUUAAAUAUACUUAUUAUAACAAGUUUACUCGGUAUAAAACGACUUCGUACAACGCAACAUUUUCUUUUAAUAAAUGUUUCAUUCGCUUGUAUAUUCUUUUCUUUAUCAUGUAUUAUUUCAAUAAGUUUAACCAUAUCUACUCUUUAUUCUAAAACUAUUAAUUCAUAUAUAUGUCAAUUAAUUGGUUUUAUUGUUAUAUCAAGUUGUCAUUGUUUAAUGUUUUCAUAUACAUUAGUAACAUUUAUUCGAUUCUUAACAAUUAUUUAUCCAUUUAAUAAAAAAAUAACUUCAAUUCAAUAUAUUAAAAUCUAUUUAAUUAUUAAAUGGAUAUUAGCUUUUAUUUUACCAGGUAUAAGUUUAAUUUUACCUAAUCAACAAAUUAUAUUUCAACCAAAAGCAAGACUUUGUACUAUUAGUCAACAAUCACCAAUAUUAUUUAUAUCAUUUUGUACUGGCUAUAUUAUACCUCUUAUACUUAUAUCAUCAAUGAAUUUAAUUACUUAUAUAAAUGUCGCAUGUUCACGACAAAAACUUGGUCUAUCACAAACAAAAUUAACUCGUUUAAAUAAACGUAAACGUCGAAAUUUACGUUUAUUAAGACAAUUUUCAUUAUUUACAAUUAUAUUUCUUUUUGGUUGGACACCAUUUAUUUUAAUUGAAGUCAUUGAUAAAGAAGAAAAACUUUCGGAUAUAUUCUAUUUAUAUACACUUAUCUUACCAUCGAUAUGUAUUUUAAUAGAUAGUAGUGUUAUAUUACAUUGGAAUAAAACAAUUUAUCAACAAAUUCAAUUAUGGAAACAAAUAUUAUUAAGAAAAACUGAAAUAAUUAAUGAUGAACGUGAUUAUCAUGUCACAACUCAUGAAAUUACUUUGAUGAGUAGAAAUUCUUGA